UCCGUCUUCUGCGUGGGCAGAUCUGACAUGUCCAAGAAACCCAGCGGCUUCCUUCAUUGUCAAUCUCCUGCUUCAACUCUUGGUUUCAUGGCGACCCUUAAGAGGAGAAGACGGGCACGGUCUAUGAUCAGAUUUGCUACUGUUUGCCUCGUUGUUUUCUUCUUAUCUUCAACACUUGCAAGUGCCCUUUCAAGUAUAAUUGACAGAACCCGAAGAGAGCAGCUCAUCUCAAGCCUAUCAUCUUCAGACAAUGGUGGCAGCAGUGGAAUCUCCCAGCAGUUCGUCGCGUCGCCGUCCGGAAGGUACGGAGGGCUGUUCGUCCGGCAAACGGCGGCCGACUCUCAGUCUUAUGGCCAUGACUACUGUUACAUCCAGAUUGUUGGCUCAGGUCAGAUCCUGUGGGAGUCAGAGUGCGCCCCUGUUAGCACCACGAACCGAUGCUACCUGGUUUUCUCCGACUUUGGCCUUGAGAUUUAUGAUGGGGGCAGGUCAGUUUGGGAUACUAACGCUGAUGGGGUGAAGCUGCAGACUCUCAUGAUGCUUGAUAAUGGAGACUUGCAGAUCAGAGACGAAGGUGAUCAAGUGGCCUGGAAGGCAAGUGAUUACCAGUCCAAUAGUCACAGAUGCAGCACUUCCAGUUACACCCCAUAUGCCUCUCCUCUACCUUCUAAUGACCCACAGCCUGCAUUCAACCAGCCAUACAACCAGCAGCCCCUGAACCAGCCAUAUUCCUCAGUGAAUCAGCCAUUCUCUUCUACAAACCAACAGCCUUUUGGUAAUGGAAUACCGUUAAUACACAAUCCUCUAUUUGGUAGCGGCUCAACGCGUGAAGUUCCAUCUCCUGUUUUUCUUCUGAUAGGUUUGUUUGUGCUUGUUUUGAGUGUUUAUGGUUUUGAUAUUUCUUAGUUUGGUCGGAAAGAUCUGCCUUUUUUUCCUUCAUUUAUGUUGGCUUCUUUCUGCAACUGUCAUAAGUUGAAACUUCUGCAGUUUGAGGCGGCCGUGGAUCUUCUUUAGCCUACUACUUAAUGAUUAGAAGCUCUCAAUAACUAAUCCUUAAUGAAUAUAUAU